AUGAUAUCAUCCUCCUCGAGUUCACCCACCAACAUUAUUCACAACGAUGACAUGAUCGCAGUAGAAUCAAUAUUCAAAGAAGGCCAUUGUGAAAAUAUUCUCUCUAUUGGUCAUGAAAUUCACCUCAUUGAUUCCAUCGAAAAAUAUAAUGAAUUAUUGAGAGAUGUCAUUCAGGAUUUGUUAGAUCAAUCUCAAAGUUUACCUGAAAAUGAUUCAAAGAAAAUUUAUUCACAAACUCGUCUCUUCAAUACCAAUACUCCUUGUGUUGGAUUAGAUUGUGAAGGAUCUCCUGAUUUGGAAAAGCAAAGUGGCACUCUCUGUAUUAUUCAACUGUCACUUGUCAAUAGAAAAGCUACCUUGCUAAACAAGAAGGAGAAAAUUGAUAUUUACAUUAUUGAUGUUUUUAAAAUUGGUGGAAAAACUCUUGCAAAGACAAACUUACGUGAUCUAUUGGAAUCUACUAAAGUAUUGAAAAUUAUCCAUGAUGGAAGAAGAGAUGAAGAUGUUCUCUUUUAUCAAAUGAACGGCACACGUUUGAAUUUCACAUGGGAUACUCAGGUAGCAGAUAUUUGCAUCAAACAAAGUCAAAUUCUUCACAAUAUUCCAAAAACACAUAGCAGAAACCUUAGCAUUAUUGAAUCUCAUUACAUUAGCCACUUUGUGAAAUGGUUUUGUUACUUUGAGGCCAUGACCAACAAUUUCUAUUCUGCUUCCUAUAUCACUAUUCUUGAGUUUACUUUUGUCGAAUUAGAAGAGUUUAUCAAAAAGAUAUCUUCCAAGCACGCAGAUAUUUCAUCAGAUUUACUCAAACUAUGUGCCAAGUCCUGGUCUAAUGCCAUUGUUCAUGCAGCUCAUUCUCUUAAAUCUAAAGACAGAAAAGAUGCUCACAUGGCUGCAAAAGUGUGUCGAGAUGUGAUGAAGAAAUUACACGAAACGACAUUCUUUUCAUCUGGAAAGGAUAAACAAUAUUUCACCAGCAAGUUUAAGAACAAACUUGUGAAACUAACAUUGGAACGUUUUAAUGCUACACUUUCAAAAGCACAAUAUGAGAUAUUCAUUCAAAACAAUUACUUUGAUCCUGAAACUUCAAGCAAAGAAAGUAACAACAAUGCAUCUAUACUACCAAUGAGUUCUCAAUUGAUUAGAGAUUUGGUAUCUCUGAACAUGUUUGAAAGGACAGGUUACUUGAACAUUAUCUUCAUUUCUAAUUUAUAUUAUUUUGGAAUUAUCAACACCUCUACAUUAUUUGACAAGAUUAUUUCUGUCAUGGUUUCUCAAAUCCAACAACGAGAAAAUCAAACAAGCGCAGAUCGAUUUUAUUCACUCAUUCGACUCAAUUAUGUUGAAUUGUUUUUAGAAAUUCUUUCAGGAACUAUGAAUCAGUAUUUGCAAAACAAAGAAUUGACUUGUCACGAAAUUAACACAAAUUGGGAGAAUCUCUGCAAAAACAUCAAACAGCUCGAGAAAAACGUUUCGAAAGAAGUAACCUCUCCAAAGAGCCCAUAUUUGCAAGCUGCCAAAGGUGUUGAAUAUAUUGAGCCAACAACAACAACCGAGUACAGUAGCGACAAGUCCAAUAAUUAUUUACCUCUCGAUAUUGUUUUCAACACAAGAUGGUGCAUCGUAUCUGGAUAUCCCAACACAUCGUCUCAAAAUCAAAUAUCAUCAACGACAGGAAGAAAUUCUAUUAUGUCAAAUUCUAUUAUUUCAGAAGGAAGUGACACGUCCACUAAUGCUACCGCUACUGGUACAACUAGUACUAUUGAUGACAAGACAAGCAGCAAUACAGGAGUUCCACCUUCGACAAAGAACUCAGGUGGCUAUCCUUCCGCUUUAACGGAUCAAUUUGUGAUGACAUCUCAUUAUCCAGUUUCUAAUUUUUUCAAAAUUAAGGGACUUGUGAGAUUGCUGCAUGAUUUUUCAAUGAUUGAUUAUUCAUCUAAAUAUGAAAUUCAGAAAAACGUUGUUGAACAAGAAUUGUAUUGGAAGACUCGACCAUUGAGCCAAGAUCAAAUUGAAUGUGCCUCAAUGGAUGUGAAACAUUUGUUAUUCCUCUAUGAAACACAACGAUUAUUUGUUUUUAAUAAGAAAUUCAAACCCUCCAAGGAUUCUUCAUCCUUGUCAACAACGAUUGUGAGAAGAAGUCAUCUCUAUGAUCGAUGCUUAAGAGAUUUUGAAUUUCCACACAUUCCUGAAUUUAUAAAAGAGUAUUUGAUGGAACAUGGAAAAAUGGAUGACGGAUAUUACUAUGUCGAUGUGCCGCUAGAUUCAUUCUUCAAGAGCAAAUCAGAAAAUAAUGCUCAUAAGGAACAACACAUGAGACUAUUCUUCUUCCCUCUAAAGAUUGAUCGAGAAUGUAAUUUUGAAUAUGAAGACAGAGAUCAACUUUGUAAACUUGUGUCAUUAAGUUCUGAAGAAUCAGAACAUUUCGUCUCGAAAUAUUAUUUGGGAAAAAUAAUUGGAACCAAAGGCAGAAAUAUUGCUGAAUUAAUUAUGCAAUUUCCAACUGUUUCAAUGGGAGCAGGUGAUGGUGCUUUUAUCCUUAUAGGCCAAUACAAGGAAGUAGUGGAAGUGAGUGAAUUGCUGUUACGAGAGAAAAUUAUUGAGUUACCAUCGUCACAGGCAGGAAAACUUGCUAAUAAUGCUGGAUUAGGUCGUAUUAGAAACAAUUCUGGAUGCGAGCAAGUGAAAUUGAUUAAUGGAGAGAAGGGAGAUCCAAAACAAAAAAUCUUCUUGAUUGGAACACGAAGUGCCCUAGCAAAAGCAGAGAACCUGAUUCGAAAAGCAACUGAAAGCAUGAAAAAGUAA